AUGAUUUAAAAUUUCGGGUUCGCUUUGCAUGUUAUUUUUAUUGGGAGUGCGUUUCAGUUCAUCGAGAUCCUCUGACAUGGGCAGCUGUAAUCAACUGCUGCGCGCCUUGAAGCGCACCCUGGGCUUGGGACGGCGCCAGCUGAGCGUGGGCCAGCGGCAAGUGGUGCUGGUGACGGGCUGUGAUUCGGGCUUGGGGCACUCCCUGGCCGUCUACUGUUACCAGGCGCUCCACAUGACGGUCAUCUCCUGCUGCCACAAUCUGGAAUCGCAGGGCGCACAGCUGCUGCAGCAGAUGAGCUGUGCGGCUGAGCAGGAUCGUAUGCACACCUGGCAACUGGAUUUGCUGCAGCCCGCCUCCAUCGAUCAGGUGCAUGGCAAGCUGGGCGAGCUUUUGGCCGGCAGGGACUAUCAGUUAAUGGCGCUGGUCAACAAUGCGGGAGUUAUGUGCUUUGGCGAAUUUGAGUGGCAGCUGCCGGAGCAAAUUGAGCAGCAGAUCAAUUGCAAUCUGCUGGGAACCAUGCGUCUGACCAGGCAGCUGUUGCCGCUGCUGCGCCAGCAUCGCGCACGCAUUAUCAACGUGACCAGUCACUGUGGCUUCCAAGCACUGCCCGCACUGGCGCCCUAUGCCGCCUCCAAAGCAGCACUUCGGGUGUGGAACGAUGCGCUGCGCAUUGAGCUGCAGCCAUAUGGCAUGGAGGUGGUAAACUUUGUGCCUGGUUCCUUUGUGCUGGACAGCAACAUAGCCGCGCGCCAGCAGCAGCAAGCACAGCAAAUGUUGCAGGCAUUCAACGCCGAGCAAUUGCAACAUUAUGGACGCUAUUUUAGAGCAUUCAAUGAGUAUCUGAGCAUACUGGGUGGUUUCAAGAAACCCAAUCAGCUGCAGGAUGCUGCACUGCUUGACAAGUUCAGGGAUGCGCUGACCAAUGCACAGCCCGAAACGAUGUACAUACACGAACCGUGGCGGUAUAGAAUCUAUCGUUGGCUCUUUAAGCUUACUCCGGCGCCACUGACGGAUUGGUUGGUGCUUAAGUUUUGUGCCAUGCCCAGCUUUGAGUCCACGCAGUGCAGUUAAAUUCAACAUUUUACUAUAGUAUG